CUUCCAUAGUGUAAAACAAGGCCUUGAAAACUCAUGAUUUCUAAAGAAAAUGAAAAUGAGAAUAUAAAAGAGAGAGAGGGAGAGAGAGAGAGGGGGAGAGAGAGAGAGAGAGAGAGAGAGAGAGAGAGAGAGAUGGAAGAGAGAGAGGAGAAUGUGGGCAUGAAACCCUUGAGUAAAUCAGGUAGUAGUCCUCCUCCUUCAGGUCCAAAUCCACGGUGGAUGCAACAUUACUGGCCGUCGGUGAAGCCAUUUGUGCACGGUGGAGCUGCUGGGUUUUUUACAACCUUCACCUAUUUUGCCCAUUCGGCCACCCUCUUCUAUUUCCCAUCUCCAGACAUUGUCGCUCGCUUUCAAAACACUCCCACAUUCCAUUUGUUUUCCAAAGAAAACAUCAAGAUUAUUCCUCGUGUGAUUUUGGCUGAUACUUUCAUUACGUCUCAACUACUUGGAUUAUUCGAGAUUCUGAGAAGGAAAGCAAUUUCUACCAACGACGGAAUGCCACCAAUGUUACAUCAGGAAGCUGCUUGUGGGCUGGCUGCUGGAGCAGUUGCAGCAUUUAUUAGGGUUCCAUUGUAUUUGCAUGUAGGCUACUGUAAAGCUAAAAUUGGAUCGCCUAACUUUUUUGCAAAGCCUUGGACAUUGGCGGGUUUAGCUAGGUACCCAAAAAGAUGGACAAAAGGAAUGGGUCCUUAUGUGAGGUCAAGAACCAGCUUAGACUUCGGUAUGCUUGCCUCCUAUAAUCCAAGUCUCCGUUAUCUCAAGGAAUCCUGUGGUUUCAGCCAAUCUGACGCACAACUUGGUACAUUCUUAAUACUUUAA